UCCUCCCUGCGCACCCGGCUCCCGGUCCCCGGGCUCGCGGCUGCGGCUUCUGCUACGGCAAGCGGCGGCGGCGGCGCCGGGAGCGGUCAUGGAGGCGGGCGCCGGAACCAGCGCAGGAGCCGCGGGCUGGAGCUGCCAGGGCCCAGGACCCACAGUGACCACUCUAGGCUCCUAUGAGGCUUCCGAGGGCUGUGAGAGGAAGAAGGGCCAACGCUGGGGGUCCCUGGAACGACGGGGGAUGCAAGCUAUGGAGGGGGAGGUGUUACUCCCAGCUCUCUAUGAGGAAGAAGAGGAAGAGGAAGAAGAAGAGGUGGAAGAAGAAGAAGAACAAGUGCAGAAAGGUGGCAGUGUUGGCUCCCUGUCAGUCAACAAGCACCGGGGCCUGAGCCUCACGGAGACAGAGCUGGAGGAGCUGCGGGCUCAGGUGCUACAGCUGGUGGCAGAACUGGAAGAGACCCGGGAACUGGCAGGGCAGCAUGAGGACGACUCACUGGAGCUACAGGGGCUCCUGGAGGAUGAACGGCUGGCCAGCGCCCAGCAGGCAGAGGUGUUCACCAAGCAGAUCCAGCAGCUCCAAGGUGAGCUGCGUUCUCUGCGGGAGGAGAUUUCCCUGUUAGAGCAUGAGAAAGAAAGUGAACUUAAGGAAAUAGAACAGGAACUACAUUUGGCCCAGGCUGAGAUCCAGAAUUUGCGGCAAGCAGCGGAGGAUUCUGCAACUGAACAUGAGAGUGACAUAGCGUCCCUGCAGGAGGAUCUCUGCCGGCUGCAGAAUGAACUUGAAGACAUGGAACGCAUUCGGGGAGAUUACGAGAUGGAGAUUGCUUCCCUUCGUGCAGAGAUGGAAAUGAAGAGCUCUGAAACAUCCAAUAGUUUAAGUCUCUCUGAUUUCUCUGGGUUGCAAGAAGAACUUCAGCAGCUGCGGGAACGCUACCAUUUCCUGAAUGAGGAGUACCAGGCCCUGCAGGCGAGCAACAGCAGCCUCACGGGGCAGCUUGCAGAUCUGGAGAGCGAGAGGACACAAAGAGCAACAGAGAGAUGGCUGGAGUCCCAAACACUAAGGAGCAUGACGUCAGUAGAGUCUCAGACUUCAGAAAUGGAUUUCCUAGAGCCUGAUCCUGAAAUGCAGUUGUUACGGCAGCAGUUAUGGGAUGCUGAAGAGCAGAUGCAUGACAUGAAGAACAAGUGUCAGGAGUUGUGCUGUGAGUUGCAAGAGCUACAGCAUCAUCGCCAGGUCAGUGAGGAGGAGCAGAGACGGCUGCAGAGGGAGCUCAAGUGUGCUCAGAAUGAGGUGCUUCGGUUCCAGACCUCCCACAGUGUCACCCAGAACGAGGAGCUGAAGUCCAGACUCUGUACCCUGCAGAAAAAAUAUGAUACUAGCCAGGAUGAGCAGAACGAGCUCUUGAAGGCACAGCUACAACUUCAGGCUGAGCUCCGGCAGCUCAAAGUCAUGAAAUACACACUUGUAGAAAACCAGAGUGAGAAGGAGUUACUGUGCCGGCUGCAGAAGCUGCAGCUCCAGCACCAGAAUGUCACAUGUGAGAAGGAAAAGCUGCUGGAACGGCAGCAGCAGCUGCAGGAGGAGCUGCAGUGCCAUGAGGCAGAGCUGCAGCACCUCAGGGAUAUGGCGGCCUCCUUCAGAGAGAGCAAUGAGAAGAACACAGAGACCCACGCCCAGCUUCAGGAGAUGAAGCAGCUGUACCAGGCCAGCAAGGACGAGCUGGAGCGGCAGAAGCACAUGUAUGACCAGCUGGAGCAGGACCUCCUGCUCUGCCGGCUGGAGCUGAAAGAGCUCAAGGCCUCCCAGCCCAUUCCAGAGGACAAAGGAAAGUGUGCUAAUAAGUGUGACACACUGCUGUCCAGACUGACAGAAUUGCAGGAAAAGUACAAGGCCAGCCAGAAGGAGAUGGGGCAGCUGCAGAUGGAGCAGUGUGAGCUCCUGGAGGAUCAGAGGAGGAUGCAGGAGGAGCAGGGCCAGCUGCAGGAAGAGCUGCACAGGCUCACACUGCCACUGCCCAAGAGUGGCCUCUUACUCAAGAGUCAGGAGCUACUCACCAAGUUAGAAGACCUGUGCGAACUGCAGCUGCUCUACCAAGGCAUGCAGGAGGAACAGAAGAAACUGAUACAGAACCAAGACUGUGUAUUGAAAGAACAAUUAGAGCUACAUGAAGAGCUGCGACGUUUCAAAGAAUCUCAUUUCCAGGAAGUGUUGGAGAAUCCAGAUGAUUCCAAAUUGGCUAAGUCCUCAAAAUGUGAUCGAAACAAGAAAUCCAAGUUGCUUAUGGAGCAGAUGCAGGCCCUGCAGGUGCUGUAUGAAACCAGUCAGGCGGAGCAGGAGCUCUUGCAGCAAGAGCAAAGGAGGCUCCUAGAGGAGCGGAAGAGGCUGCAGACAGACUUGCAGCUCUGCCUGGAAGAAAUGCAACUGCUUCAAGUCCAGUCCCCUUCUAUAAAAAUGAGCCUUGAGUCCUACAGGAAGAGCUAUGGUAGCAGCAUAUCCCCCAGCAAUGAGAACUGUCGCGAUAGCACUAUUGAUGACAAUGAGAGCUAUUGCAAGAGUUAUACCAGCACCCAGACCAGUGACGAGAGCCUCCUCAAGAGCUAUGACAGCAGCACCAGUGCCAGUGAGACCUAUGAAAAGAGCUAUUGUACCACCACCAACAGCAGCAUUACCUAUGAGAAGACUUACGGCAGUACCAGUAGCUCUGACACCUUUCACAAGAGUUUUGUCAGCAGCUGCACUGACGAUGAACCUGCUGAGCCUGAAGACAUGGAGCACUUUGAGGAAAUGGUUGCUAAGGUGCUGAUCAAGCUGCAGGCAGUGCAGGCCAUGUACCAGAUAAGCCAGGAGGAGCACAGCCAGCUGCAAGAGCAGAUGGAAAAGUUACUGGCCAAGCAGAAAGACCUGAAGGAAGAGAUGGAUGCCUGUGAAAAGGAGUUUAAGGAGUGCAUGGAAUGCCUUGAAAAGCCCGUGGCCCCCCAGAAUGACAAGAAUGAGAUCAAAGACCUGCAGACCAAGCUGCGGGAGCUGCAGCUGCAAUACCAGGCUAGCAUGGAUGAGCAGGGGCGGCUUCUGGCAGUGCAGGAGCAGCUGGAGGGGCAGCUGCAGUGCUGCCAGGAGGAGCUCUGCCAGCUCAGGGAGAAGAGGCCCUCCACUUUCAAAGAAGCCCGGGGGAAGAAUGCUAAUAAGAACAUGAACAAGAAUGCCAAUGGGGUUAAAACUAAAAAGGUGACCAAGCCGUGCUCGGAUACUUCUGAGAGCGACUUUGAGACCAGAAAGAGUCUGGAGGUGGUGCUGUACUACAAGGCCAGCCAGAGGAAAUUAGAUGGACUAGCAAAAGAGGAGGAAAAGAGAGAGGAGAUGGAGGAGGAAAAAGAGAAGGAAGUGAAAGAGGAAACAAAGGAGCCAUGUGGGGAUGAGCUAGCAGCUGAGCCAGCAGAUCCUGGGGAAGCUAAAUCCACAGAAGAUCAGGUAGAAAAUGAAGAGGACAGAGAGCAAGAGGAGAAGGAAGAAGACAACGAAGACAAGGAAGAAGACAACGAAGACGAGGAAGAUGACAUCGACCCUUCCCUUCAAAGUCCCGAAGAAAACAACCCCCUCAGACUUUCUGAGAGCAAAAAGUCAUCCCCUACCCCCGAUCCCCCCAUCUUCUCCUUGCCUCUUGUAGGCCUGGUGGUCAUCUCGGCUUUGCUCUGGUGCUGGUGGGCUGAGACGUCGUCCUAAUGCAGAACAUGUUUGGGUUGUGGAAGCCUAUGGUAUUCUUGGCUAUUGCAGCUGUGGCUCUGUAUGUGUUACCCAACAUGCGACAGCAGGAGUCAGAGUUCUGCCUCAUGGAGUGAUGGCAGACCUUGGCCAGCGCGAGGGCAGAUCCCCAGUGGCCACCACCCUCAGCUUUGGGCAGGACACACUGUGCCAGAACCCUCCCCAUAUGUUCCAUGUGUCCCCAUUUCCUCAGCCUCAGUCACCCAGGCUGGAAAGUCUUGUGGGGAGCGCCGACUCCCAUCUCCUGCCUUGUAUAAGAACCUGAGUUACUUGUAAUUAAAUAUCAACUGAAUUACACA